AUGAGGGGAGAGAGAAUGGAGGAGCCAGUACUGCUCAAUAGCGAAUCUGAUAUCGCCAUAACCGAAUACUAUUCCAGUCUUUCUCAACAAAUCUCAAAUGCUACAAGUAGGGUGCAGGCUAGAAUAGCUAACGGAUUCUUUUUAAACAAAGAAUAUAUACUCAAGAAGAGUUAUGAGGACAAAAUCACUAAAAAGUAUGCAGCUAAAGUCGAAAGCUUGGACUUCAACAAAGCGGAUGAGACCGCAAAGAUUAUCAAUGAUUUUGUAAGUAAUGCCACUGAAAACAAGAUUACAAAGCUUGUCAAUGAAGAGGCAGUCAAAGACGCAUUUUCACUAGUUGUCAAUGCUAUCUACUUGAAAGCAAAGUGGAAUUACAAAUUUCUUGCUACUAACAGUGUGCAACAAGAAUUCUUUAGUUUGGAGAAUAUUUCAAGACAGAUAGACUUUAUGAACGACUAUCGGAUAAAAAGACUAUAUGCAGAAGAUAGCAACGUCGAAGUGCUUUCAUUGCAGAGUGUAAGUGGACCACAAUUCAGGUUUGGUCUCGAAGAGCUGAGGAAGAGCCUAGAUGGCACAAAAGUGCAAAACUUGCUAUCCAAGCUAUCGAAAACUUAUAUAUCGGUAGACGAAGAAGGUACUACAGCAGCCGCCGCCACAGCAUUCGUAGCAGACAAUUUGUUCGCAAUAGUGAUGGAAGAACCAAAAAAAUUCGUUGCCGAUCAUCCGUUCUUGUUUAUUCUCACUAAGGAUAAACAUCCACUAUUCAUGGGACAGUUUGUAGACGAAGAAGGUACUACAGCAGCCGCCGCCACAGCAUUCGUAGCAGACAAUAUGUUCGCAAUAGUGAUGGAAGAACCAAAAAAAUUCGUUGCCGAUCAUCCGUUCUUGUUUAUUCUCACUAAGGAUAUGCAUCCACUAUUCAUGGGACAAGUCACAUGCCAGAAAUGUUCGUUCAGCUCAUUUCCUGUCGCAGGGACAGAUUUUGGGCUUAAAAUGCUUCAUAAUGCACCUGUUGGUCAAUCGCUUGUGGUCUCUCCUCUCUCUGUUAUUUUCGCUUUGGCUAUGGUGCAGGUUGGUGCUAAAGGUAGCACGAAAAGCCAAAUCAACAAUGCCAUCUCAAAAGGGUCAUCCGAUAAAGCAAUCAUUGACUAUUAUUCUGAUUUAUCACAGGAAGUAUUGAAAGCAAAAAAUGGAGUGCUGAACAGGAUUGCAAAUGGAUUUUUCCUCAACAAGGACUACCAAAUAAAGAAAGAGUACCAGGACAAAAUUACCGAGAAAUUUUCGGCAAGGAUAGAAGCUCAUGAUUUUCAAAAAGCGGAGCAGACGGCUGAGAAAGUACCUGUUCAGAUUAUUAACAAAUUUGUGAGCAACGUGACUGAAGGCAAAAUCCAAAAUAUGGUUCAAGCAGAUGUCAUUAGAGGGGCGUUUUCAUUGAUUGUCAACGCUAUUUAUUUUACUGCAAAGUGGGAUCACAAGUUUUACAAAUGGGGCAAUAGCAAGAAGAUGUUCUUCACUUCGAAAGGAAAUGGAAGAGAGGUAAUGUCAUAG